GCCGCUUCUCAUCUCGUUGCAGACCCUUUCUCCGCUCUAUUUUCACCUCGUCGAGUUCGCGAAACCCUAGCGAUGGCGUCCGAGAAGCCGGUCGUCGACUCCGCUCAGGCGGGUGCCAAACCAGCGAAGACGAAGAAGGCGAAAAUCACCACAGCGCCUAAAGCCAAGAAGCCUGCCGCGCACCCUCCCUAUGCUGAGAUGAUCAAGGAAGCCAUUUCGGUCCUCAAGGAGAGGAGCGGAUCGAGCCUGCACGCAAUCGGGAAGUUCAUCGAGGACAAGCACAAGGCACACCUCCCGUCCAACUUCCGCAAGAUGGUCCUCCUCCAACUCAAGAGGCUCGCCGCUGCCGGGAAGCUCACCAAGGUGAAGGGGUCCUACAAGCUCUCAACCGUGUCCGCUCCGGUGAAGACCAGGUCCGCGGCCGCCCCAAAGAAGCCGGUCAUCGCUCCGGCCAAGCCCAAGUCUAAAUCGAAGCCUGCCGUCGUCGCCAAGCCCAAGGCGAAGACGGCCGCUGUGAAGCCUAAGGUGGCGGCGAAGCGCAAGUCCCCCGCGAAGCCGAAUCUCAAGUCGGCGACACGGCCCGCAAAGGCCGCUGCGAAGCAUGCCCCCGGGAGGGUGGCGGCGGCUUCAACGAAGUCCGGCAACGCGAAGGCGCCGAAGGCCGUGAACUCGGCGGUCAAGAAACCGACCGCCAAGAAGGCGAAGAAGUAGAUAUCAAUCUGUAUAUAUUCUCAUAAUUUUAUGAGGUUUCUUCAAAUCAAAUUAUCCUGCAAUGAUUGGGUGGAUAAUAGAGGGUGAAGUGGUGGAUGUCACUUUGACAA